GAAUCUAUUGUCUCCCUUUGAACAUCCCUACUUCUUUCUGAGAGAAGAGAAGAGAUGUCCUUGAAAGCCAUUUGCCUAAGCAACAUCCCUGGAGGCACGCCUUUAAAGGACUUCAUGAAAUUUCAAGGGGACUGCACUUCUGAUUCAGCUGCAAAAGGAGCUAUUUGUCCUUCAGUGGACCUCGCCGGCUUAGGAAAAGGACUUAACAGGGGGGCAAACCUGGAAUCCACUUUAAUACGCGGUGGGAGUCAUGCCAAAGUAUUCCUUGACAUCAGUGAGAUAAAGCCAGCUUCUAAAGAAGGAUUGGGCCCACUUUCCUCCUGCCCGAAACACGAAGUUAUGCCACCGUCAAGACAUGCCUUCCUAAAACGUAAAGCUUGCGAGCCUUUAUCCCCUGAGUCUCCAGCGAAAGUCUUCUCAAGGAUGAAGACCCGGGCAGCUCUGGCCAAACUGCAGAACAAGCCUCUAGAAAAAAAAUUACAAAGUACAAACAGCACCACAGAUUAUAUUCUCACUCCUCAGAGGCACCUGGCUGUUUUGGGAAGACAAGAAAAAGAAGAAGUGCCUGAAGAUAAGCCGAAGGAAAGGCUGGCUGAAGAGCCUCUCGGAGGAGUCAGCGUGGAAAAAGUAGUUGACUCAUUUUGCCAAGCCAAGGAAAAUGUCCCUACUUCACCUCCAGCGAAGCAAACUUUAAUCACAUUGGAUUCAGCCAAACAACUAAAUGAUCUUAAUAGAGCGUGUCUAAAUGCAGCUGUUGGUCAAGAUGAUGAAUUUCUUGUAGAAACAGCUGAAGUGGACAAUGAGACUUUUGACAUGGCGGUCAGUGCGACGGAUGUGAGGUAUCAUUGUGUUAAACCUGAAAAGCCCUUGGAAGGAACAGCACCUGGGAGGCUUCCUCAAGGCGGAAGAGUGUUGCACCAAUGCAGCCCGCAGCUUGGCCAAAAGGGACAGCAAGUGCUGGACGUUGGGCCUCAAAGGCCUUAUGAACACAUGUGCGAGAUUGUUUUUUCUACUCCAAAAGUCCACAUACCAAGGAAGCGAAAACCAGCAGGGGCCAAUUCCAAGGUGCUCUUAGAGGCACCUUCCAGUGACGCAAACAGUGAUGUGAAAGAGGAGCAGCAGACGAUCUGUAUCAGCAGAUGGAGACUCAAGGUGAUCAACAACUAUACUGCUGUAUGCCUGGAAGGAAAACGGAGAGGUAUGAAUGUUUGCUGGCAUAGCAAUGCCAUAGUGGAACGGAUAGCACGCAACCGAGUUAUAACUUCAUCUGGAAAUGCCUACCUGUUAGAAGGCCGUAUAGAUGCAGCUACCAUGAAGAAGGAAGGAAUUCCAGCUAAGUUCAUAAAGAGGUUUUCAUCUGGAAUUCCAAGAAACUGGAAAAUGUACGUUGAAGAUCUCCUUGGUUCUCUGAAGAGGAAAGCGCAGAGAGCCUUGCCUUCAAGUUUGGAUAGCAAUGAAAGAGAGGAUCCUGUGGAGACAGAGGACUUCGAAGAACUGGAAGAUUUGCCCCCCAAAGUUGGGAGAAAAUCUAAAAUGAAAAACACCACUUAUCAAGUAUUGGCACCACAAAAUAAUAAGCAUGGUGCGCAGCCAAAACCAUCCCCUGUGCAGGAUGACCAUGACAAAAGUUUCACACGUAGCGGCCGGCUUCUUAAGCCACCCCUGCAGUUCUGGUGUGGCGAACGGAUACUUGUUGAUCAGGCGUUAAAUGUCACUGUGACCAAAGGGGGUACCAACUACUUGACUCCUACAGUGAGCAGUGCUCGGCCUCAGAACAGGAAAAAGUUCAGCUCCCCAAAGGAAAAUGGAGUGUGUGACAUUAGGGCUCUUGACGAAGUAUCUCCAAGCCAAGAGAAAGGACCAAGUAAUGCAAGAACUGAGAGGGUCACCAGAGAAUUUGAGCCUAGGAAUAAGCAAAACGGACGACAUUUUGUUUCAGAGUCUGAAGAAAGUGACAAUGAAUUUACCAUUGCUGAUGUUUUCAAGAAAAAGGCUGUGAUUACUUUGACACCCCUGAACCUUAAAAAGCUGAAUGAAAAUGAUUCAAAGUAUAACAGCCAGCGCAGAAGAAAUCAAAAUGUACCAAAGCGGGGAAUAGAAAUGAAUUGCUACAGGAAAAGUUUGCUUGAUGGGGAGCCAGAGACCUGCAAAUACCCAUUAAGAUCACUGGAACGAGUCCACCAAAAUAAGCCAGUUGUGGAAACCUUGCCCAGCACAAGUGAAGAUGAGUCGAGCGAAGAUAAGCUAUGUAUCAAGAGGAAAACGCAACCCUUUCUCAAAAGAGAGGCAUUCAACAGGGAACAAAGUCAUGCAAAAAAGCCGGCUUCUGAGCCGAGGGGAACAGAGAGUCCUGCAGUCCCUCCUUCUCAGAGCAGGAAGACGAAAGCUGCUCACUCUGGCCAGAACGGCAGGUUGGAGGAGCUGCCUGAUAAGAACUCUUCUCCUGAUGUGGCAAGCGGCUCUCCUGAGCUUCGGAGGUGGGAUAGGCAUGGGGCACUCAGGGGGAUCCGGAAUGCCAGAAGGUAUGUCAUUGAAUCGGAGUCCAAAAACGAAACAAGCAUUGGAGAAUUUCAGCCCAAAGAACAAAAGGCAAAUGUUGCUGGUAAAAGAGUCAAUGGGGAAGUUUCCAGCCGUGCAAAAUCCUUGGCGGUGGCAGGAAAGACACCCGGCAAGGGGCUGUUAUGGAAGGCCGUGGAUUCUCUUCCGGAUGUUCACGAAGCUUGGACCGAUGAAGAAUUGCAGAAGCUGCACAGGGCUGUGGCUUCUUUUCCUAAACACAAGAAUGGCUUCUGGCUGAAUGUAGCCGAGGCUGUGGGGACACGAACAGCGGAGGAAUGCCAGCAAAGGUACAUGGCAGAGCAAGAAGGCAGAAAGCAGGCCCCGAAGAGGACCUCCAAGCACGGAAGACAGAAAGAACGAGAGGAGGGGACAAAGCAGCCAGUGGCAAUUUCUGCAAAGGUGGGGACGCUGAAAAGGAAGCAGCAGAUGCGAAACUUCCUUGAACAGAUGCCCAAGGACAACCACGACGACAUCUUUGCUGCCACCCCCUUUCAGAACAGAAACACAAAAUUGCCACAGUUCUGCAAAGUCCCAGAGGAAGACGUCUUCCAGCUCAAGGACAGCCAUCCCAUCACGCCCUCCUCAGCCAUCUUUCCGUUGACAAAGACCCCGCAGGGUGACCACAUCAGCCCUGGCAUGCUGGAAUCCCUGGACAGGAACGCCUGCGAAAGGCGUGUCUUCCACAUGCAAAAGAACAUCAAAGGCAAGGAGUGCACAUGGCAGAAUGUGAAGAAGAAAUCGACUGGGACCAUUUUCACUACUCCUACGUCUCGAAGAAGGAACGUCUUUGCCUUUGAAGACGCCUUGGCUUCUGCUGGGGUUGGGCAGCUCUUCCAAGUGGAUCAACGAACGCAGUCCGAUGAAGAGGACGACUUAUAUUUUUCGACUUAGCCAGGCAGCCAUCAAACUGCCUCAGGUUCAUCCCGCCACGGGUUCCUCUGCUGAAGGCCAGUUCUCCAAUGGGUCCAGGCACUUGCCUCAGAGCCUGAAGGGUUCAUCAUGCCGGUUUCUACUGAAUUGCAAAUGGGCUUUUGAGUUCUGACUUCUUUCCAGAGCUCUUUUAAGCGGCCAUCUAGGUCCGAGUAGCAUUGCUUGCUGCUGUGGUGUUCAAACUACAAAGAGCUCUGCCAGGUUUGCUUGUUUUCCCCUUUGACCCAACCAGUUUGAGGGAGAUUUGCA